CGGAAUGCUUGGAGAUGCCCCUUCCGCCGAUCGGAAUCUGGAUCUGCACUGUACAGCAGCGCGAUGGAUGGAAGGGGCACACAUCGAAUUGCGCUGCUGUUGGAAGAGACGAGACCAACAGCAGCGCAAUUCGAUGGCGCAAGAUGGGGAGUGACGGCGCGGAUGAAGCGGGCUGCAGGGGUGGUGCGCUGGCAGUGUCCAUUGGCCCUGGCGGAAGCGGAAAGGAACGAGCGCUUUUGCUUUGCGCCACCAGGCGAGGAUAAAAUGCUGCAUGACCACAGCAUAGCCUCGCGGGACCAACUCCCGCGCCAGGAAAGGAACGCCUUGGUGGGGUGGGGCGGGCACUAGGGGGCUGAGUGGAGAGAGGGUACAGCGGGUAUGCCAUUAGGUCCACGACAUUUUACUCCACGUAAUACUCCAAGGUCCGGAAUUCGAUAAGAUCGGCCACGAUGUACUCCGUCUGUACGGUAUACAUCAACUGUUGACUUCGCUAAAAAGGCGCAAUAAAACAUUGUGACCAAGCACGACAGUCGCAUAAUGCCACCGACCAUCGAGUCGCGCCACCCGAAUUGGGUGCGAUCCCAGCAUGCGAGUUUCGCCAACCAACCCGCGAGUGCGAGCUCGGAAAUUUAUCGUGAACUGUGCUUGGAAUUGCCCGGCCAAUCCGCGCUUUCCAGGGCGAUCAGACGUAAUCCCGACGGACCC